CUGUGACCUUGAAGUAAAUCUGGAUAGAGAAAGGUAGCCACAUGAACUGGUGGUGCUCCCUUGCUCCAACAUGAUGACUUCUGGUUGGCUAUCCAUCUGAACCGCUUCUAUUUAUCAGAUAUGUGCUGGUCGUUGGCUUGGCUGUGAGGAGGUGAUGAAUGAAGGAGAGGACUUCAGAUAAGGAUUCUUCAUGCUUGCUAGACUUAGCUUCCUGGUUGCUGCCUCCGUUGCAGCGUAUGCAGUCAAGCAGGCUAACACAUCCAGACCUCCUCGCCUGAAGCCAUCAGAGAAAGCUGAGGAGACCACAAAGCAUGACUCAGAAGAAGGAGAUUACGACGCUACCGAUAGAAAGAUUCAUCAGCAUGAGGAGGAGGAGGAAGAAGAAGAGGAAGAGAAGGUUAAAACGAUCAGCAGCGUGAUAAGCCCGGCGCCGAUCGCUCUUCCUCUCCAUGACCUGGAAGAUGAAGAGAUCCUGCCAGAAUUCGAAGACCUUCUAUCUGGAGAGGUUGAGCUGCCAUUAACCAGUGACAAAUUCGACGUCAAGGAUCGAUCCCAGUACGACAUCGACAUGGAAAUCAAUGCCUCCGAGCUGGAGAGGCUUCGCAGACUGGUGAAGGAGUUGGAGGAGCGAGAGGUGAAGCUGGAAGGCGAAUUGCUGGAGUACUACGGCCUCAAGGAGCAAGAAUCGGACGUGGUCGAGCUGCAGAAGCAGCUCAAGAUCAAGACAGUAGAGAUCGAUAUGCUCAACAUCACCAUCAACUCUCUGCAAGCCGAGAGGAAGAAGCUCCAAGACGAGGUCGCGCAGGGCGUCUCGGCAAAGAAGGAACUGGAGGUGGCGAGGAGCAAGAUCAGGGAACUGCAGCGGCAGAUUCAGCAGGCUGCAAGCCAGACCAAGGGGCAGCUGCUGCUGCUGAAGCAGCAGGUGACCAGCCUCCAGGCGAAGGAGGAGGAGGCUGCGAAGAAGGAGGUGGAAGUGGAGAAGAGGCUCAAGGCUGUGAAGGAUUUGGAGGUGGAGGUUCUGGAACUGAGGAGGAAGAACAAGGAACUGCAACAUGAGAAGAGAGAGCUGGUCGUGAAGCUGGAUGCAGCUGAAGCCAAAGCGGCUGCUCUUUCCAACAUGACAGAGACCGAACUGGUGGCUCAGGCCAGGCAGGAGAUUAAUAAUCUAAGGCAUGCGAAUGAAGAUUUAUCCAAGCAAGUAGAAGGCCUACAGAUGAACAGGUUCAGUGAAGUGGAGGAGUUGGUCUACCUGAGGUGGGUCAAUGCAUGCCUGAGGUACGAGCUCCGGAACCACCAAACACCUUCCGGCAAAGUCUCAGCUCGAGAUCUCAACAAGAGCCUCAGCCCCAAGUCUCAGGAGAAAGCCAAGCGGCUGCUGAUGGAGUACGCCGGAUCGGAGCGCGGACAAGGCGACACUGACAUGGAGAGCGUCUCUUCCAUGCCUUCUUCUCCGGGAAGUGAAGACUUCGACAACGCCUCGGUGGACAGCUUCUCCAGUAGGCUCAGCUCCGUGAGCAAGAAGCAAGGUCUGAUCCAGAAGCUGAGGAGGUGGGGGAAGAGCAAGGAUGACGCUAGCGUCUCCUCCUCCCCGACGCGCUCGCUGGGCGACCGCUCCCCGAUGAGGAGCAGCCAGAGAUCGAGAGGGCCAUUGGAGACGCUCAUGCUCAGAAACGCCGGAGAUGGCGUCGCCAUCACCACCUACGGGAAGAAGGAGCAGGACCCGAAUGAGUUCUUGGAGGAAGCCAAUCUUCCGCGCAUUAGGACGCAGGUCUCCUCGGAUGAGCAGCUGAACAAUGUCGCUGCGUCCUUCCACUUGAUGUCAAAGUCGGUGGAGGGAGUGGCUGAAGAGAAGUAUCCUGCGUUCAAAGACCGGCAUAAGCUGGCAAUGGAAAGAGAGAAGCAAAUCAAGGAGAAAGCCGAGCAAGCUCGAGCAGAACGUUUCAGCCACAACUCGGCUCUGAAUCCAUGCACAGAGUCGAGGACGAAGGCAGCAUUGCCUCCAAAGCUUGCCCUGAUAAAGGAGAAGGUACCUGCAGCCACUGAACCAGGUGAGCAACCUAACGGCAGCAAAAUCGAUAGCUCAGUGGUGAGCAAGAUGCAGCUUGCACAGAUCGAGAAGAGGGCGCCGAGGGUGCCCCGACCGCCUCCGAAGCCAUCAUCUGGUGGUGGUGCUCCGAGCUCCACCAACAGUUCAAGUGGUGUGCCACCACCUCCACCGUUGCCACCACGUCCUGGCGCGCCGCCUCCUCCACCGCGGCCUCCUCCUCCCCCCGGUGGGCUAUCGAAGACGCCCGGCGGCGACAAGGUCCAUCGAGCACCUGAGCUGGUUGAGUUCUACCAGUCUCUCAUGAAACGCGAGGCCAAGAAGGAGCCAUCAACAGUUUUCGUCACUGCAUCCAACGUAGCAGAUGCCAGGAACAACAUGCUGGGCGAGAUCGCCAACCGAUCAACGUUCCUGUUGGCUGUGAAAGCUGAUGUCGAGACACAGGGCGACUUUGUUGAAUCCUUGGCCGCCGAGGUCAGAGCUGCAAGGUUCACCAACAUCGAGGAUCUUGUUGCGUUCGUCAACUGGCUAGAUGAAGAACUCUCCUUCUUGGUGGACGAGAGAGCCGUUCUGAAGCACUUCGACUGGCCAGAGAGCAAAGCUGAUGCUCUGAGAGAAGCAGCUUUCGAGUACCAAGACCUGAUGAAGUUGGAGAAACAGGUUUCGUCCUUCGAAGACGACCCCAAACUGCCCUGCGAGGCUGCUGUCAAGAAGAUGUACUCUCUGCUCGAGAAAAUGGAGCAAAGUGUGUAUGCACUGCUGCGAACUCGAGACAUGGCAAUUGCUCGUUACAGGGAGUUCGGGAUUCCAACUGAUUGGCUGCUGGACUCUGGUGUGGUGGGCAAGAUCAAACUGUCAACAGUUCAGCUGGCAAGGAAGUACAUGAAGAGGGUUUCUUCAGAACUUGAUGCUCUCAGUGGCAGCGACAAAGAGCCAAACAGAGAGUUUUUGGUUCUGCAAGGUGUAAGAUUUGCAUUCCGGGUCCAUCAGUUUGCUGGAGGAUUUGAUGCAGAAAGCAUGCGUGCUUUUGAAGAACUCAGAAGCAGGGUCAACAAGCAAACAGAAGUGGCUGAGAAGUCUGAUGCUUGAGGGGAGUUUUACAUGUCUCUACUUUGUUGACUUCUCGUGCUGUAAUAUUAUUCUGGAGAUAAUGAUCUGAACAAUGUCAAUGGUCACUAAGAAAAACAAACAUGAUAUUAAGGUCUA